AUUCACUUGGAUUAAGCACUCAACUUGAGUGAUAUGUCUCUUCACUAGUCAAGUCAGAUUGUUUUUGGUCGACGGCCGAGCGGCAGCGGCCAUUUUGUUGUGCGAUUUCUUGCGAUUUGUGCUUUGUGGAAUGUGGCAUUUCAAUUUGACGCUUGCGUGAAUUUUGAUGCCGGAAUAGGUUUCUUUUACUGCUUCUACUUACUACACGAUUGUACUAAUAGAUCUACAUGUAUUAAUUUCUUUAUGUAAUCAGUAAGAGAUAGUUUUUUGGUGAUAUAAGCGUUCUACUCCGAUUUUUAGUAGUCAGUUUUAUCAUGGAAGGCCCACCAAGCCGUGGCUUUCGUGGCGGUGGACGCGGAGGUCCUCCAGGUCAUAUGCGAGGACGAGGAGGAUUCGAUAUGCGGGGACGUGGCGGCGGUCCAGGAAUGAGAGGUGGCCGCGGCGGCCCUCCGCGAGGGGGCAUGGCACCACGUGGUGGACCGCGCGGUUUCCGCGGUGGCCCGAUGCGAGGCGGCGGUGGUGACCGAGGCGGGCGCAGCUUCCCUCCUGGCCCUCAAGGUCCAGGCCCGCACCCAGUCCCCACUAUUGAGUCCAGAGGUGCUCCUCCUCAAAGAGGGUUCAAUAACCGUGGAGGACCAGGUGGAAUGAGAGGUCGUGGCGGAAGAGGUCGUGGUGAUUUUGGACAGAGGGGAGAUAGAGGAAGCGGCCGUGGUGGCAUGCCAAUGCGAGGUCGUGGGGGCCGUGGAGGUCCUGGUCAGGGUGGCCCGGGGCCGCAGGGCGGGCCGCCGUCUGGCCCCCCCAACAUGGCGCCGCGUGGAGCGCCCGCCGGCGGCUCACACCAAGGAGCUCCGGCCCCACAGCAGCAAGCGCCCCCAUUCAAGAGAGGAGGUGGUCCUCCACAUGGUGGCCCUGGUGGACCACCGAAACGCGGACGAUUUGAUGGCCCGCGAGGAGGUGGCAGGCCAUCACAGGGCGGAUACCAGCAAGCCCAGCAGUCGCACAGCGCUCCACAACAGUCCAAUGGCUAUGGACCACCAUCACACACUGGUUACCAGCCAUAUGAACCACCACAAGCGGAUCCCUACUCUCAAUCCUCAUACAAUAACAGUUCAAGUUCAUAUCAGGGCAACAAUUAUUCUGCGCCCGCCCCAGCACAGGCCUCGAGCUACAACUCCAGUGGCUACGGCUCCGGGGGAUACGGCUAUUCCACUAGUGGUCAAGGUGGCUACGAAAACGAUGCAUAUGGCGGGGGCGCGGGAGGAGCAGGCGACACGGGCUACGGCGCGGGCGAGGCGGCGUACGGCGGCGCCGCGCCCGCCUACGACUCGUAUUCGCAACCCUCCUACAACUCCUACCAGCAAUCACAGCCGCAAUAUUCCAACAACUAUGGUGGUAAGUACGGGAAAUAUUGAGCCCUAACACUUACCGACUACACAGUCAUGUCAAACAUAUUCAGAAGUUAGUUUUAGUUAAAAGCUAGGAAUUACUGUAGUGUAUCGUUACUUAUGUCGUGUCAGCAUUUGUAUGAUUACACGAAUUUUAGUAGGAAACCUUAGGUUACUGUAAUUUAUUACCAUAAUUACUAGGUAUGAUUAUAGAAUCAUUAUUAGUUUGCUGCAAUAAACAAUUCAGAUACAUCUGUAUGUUUGAAUGUGGUAAAAACUUAAAACAAUCUUGCACAUUGCAAGUAUUUAUUAGAACUAAAUGAUUAAACAAAGAAAAAUGAUAUUAUUUUAUACUGCAUAGUGAUGAUGCAUAAGUAAGCAAUAUAGAUCUAUUUAAGAAAACAAUGACAAUGAUUACUUUAAUCAAUCUAAAAUUAGGUUUGUUCUAGUAACUUAUAUUAUUUGAAAUUAGUUAUAAGUAGGUAAGUUUUUAUAAAUCAGUAUUAACAAAAUACAGAAAUCUUCUAUAUAAUUAUUUGCAUUACAGGCAGUUGGUGAUCUGUUAAACUAAAACAGAAUAUGAUUUGCAUCUAAUACCACACUCUCGAAAUAAAAAUAGCUGGAUCAAUUAUAUUGAAGCAAUUACAUUAAGAAUUAAAGUUUAUACAUAUGAGUGCUAGGUAUGAAUGAAGAAUACACAAAUUUCAUGAACUGUAGGCAGAGAUUGUGAAAUGACAAGAUUAGACUCCUUUUGACUUAUUAUGGGAUGAAAAUGUUUUAAGAUUGUGUCCAGUGUGAAAUUAUAGUAUUUAAUGUUAUAUCUCAGUGACCAGGUUGUUUAUUAAAACAGAAUAUUACACAUUGUAAUAAAAUGCAAAUUUUCUUAUUGAAGUAUGAUGAUGGUAUAGGUAGGUACCAAAAUGUUUUAAUAGACACUAAGUUCGUAAUAAACUUGUGAAAGAUA